AUGGGACCCUUGCACUAUGAAACCCUCCUGGGCAGCAGAGUUUGUGUCCACCUGACAGCAACUGCCUGGGCCUGUGGGGUUCUCUAUGCUCUGCUGCACACAGCCAAUACAUUUUCCCUCCCCCUCUGCCAGGGCAAUGCUGUAGACCAGUUCUUCUGUGAAAUCCCCCAGAUCCUCAAGCUCUCCUGCUCCUCAUCCUACCUCAGGGAACUUUGGCUUCUUGUGGCCAGUGCCUGUUUAGUCUUUGUCUGUUUCAUGUUCAUUGUGGUGUCCUAUGUGCAGAUCUUCAGGGCAGUGCUGAGGAUCCCCUCUCAGCAGGGACGUCACAAAGCCUUUGCCACCUGCCUCCCUCACCUGGCUGUGGUCUCCCUCUUUCUCAGCACUGGCUUCUUUGCCAACCUGAAGCCCUCCUCCAUCUCCUCCCCAUCCCUGGACCUGGUGGUGUCAGUUCUGUACUCAGUGUUGCCUCCAGAUGAGUGA